GGGAGAGAGAGAGAGAGAGCAAGGAAGAGAGAGACAUAGAGCGAGGGGCUUGCUUUGAGAGGUAGAGAGCGAGCAAGGGAAACAGGCAGAUUUAGAGAGAGCCAUUGAGAGAGAGAUGCUAACAUCCCAGGCAGAUAUCGAUGUACAAAGGAGAAAUAUAGAUUCAGAUGUGUUAUGAUAGCUGGGGAACACCGCUGCUAGUUUGAAGAGGAAUCCCAAAGCACUGCUUCCAACUAGUCCAGAUUUGCAUCUGAACAUGUCUGAUUUGGAGGACUUCAGCAAACUCGGAGGGCCGUCCUCCAACGUGUCCGACAGCUACCAGCUGAACCCGACCAGCGUCGUCGUCUCGGUGGUCUUCUCGCUCAUCUUCCUGCUGGGCACCGUCGGCAACAGCCUGGUGCUGGCCGUCCUGCUACGCAGCGGGCAGGUCGGCUACAACACCACCAACCUGUUCAUACUCAACCUCAGCGUGGCCGAUUUCUUCUUCAUCAUCUUCUGCGUGCCUUUCCAAGCCACCAUCUACUCCCUGGAAGGAUGGGUGUUCGGCUCGUUCAUGUGCAAGGUGGUGCACUUCUUCAUCAACCUCACCAUGUACGCCAGCAGCUUCACACUAGCGGCCGUGUCCGUGGACAGGUAUCUGGCCAUCCGAUACCCCCUGCGCUCCAGAGAGUUGCGGACCCCCUGCAACGCCGUGGUUGCAAUGGUGGUCAUCUGGGGUCUGUCCUUGGUGUUCGCCGGGCCCUACCUCAGCUACUACGACCUCAUCGAUUACGACAACAGCACCGUGUGCAUCCCCGGAUGGGAAGCCCACAACCGCAAAGUCCUGGACACGUGCACCUUCAUGUUCGGCUACGUCAUCCCCGUGCUGAUCGUGAGCCUGUCCUACACCCGGACGAUCAAGUACCUGUGGACCGCCGUGGACCCCCUGGACGGCAUGUCUGAGUCCAAGCGGGCCAAGCGCAAGGUCACCAAGAUGAUCAUCAUCGUGACGGUGCUGUUCUGCAUCUGCUGGCUGCCGUACCACGUGGUGAUCCUGUGCUACCUGUACGGCGACUUCCCCUUCAACCCCACCACCUACGCCAUCCGGAUCCUGUCGCACUGCAUGGCCUACGCCAACUCCUGCCUCAACCCCAUCGUGUACGCCCUGGUGUCCAAGCACUUCCGCAAGGGCUUCAAGAAGGUGUUCAGCUGCAUCCUGAGCAGCAAGAAGGGCCGCAACAAGGUGCACGUGAUGCACGUGGCCAACACGGCGCCGGGCUUCGAGGCGGGCUCCACCGAGGUGUCCCAGAUGCACGAGGAGAACGCGGCGGCGCGCUCCGACGCGUGCGAGAUGGUCAGCAGGCCCGUGGUGGAGCCACGCGAGGCCGCCGUGACUCUGAACCUGCCUCUGCAGAGGCAGCCCUGACAACGCCUGCGGCGCGAAGAGCGGCGUGUCCGUACCGGUGGAGCGGCCGCGGUCGCGUAGCAGUUCAUUGAGGGCUUGCGUUGAAGGUCACCAGAAGGGGUUCGUAGCAGCUCUGAAAGGUGUGCGGUAAACAUGGGCUACGCAGGGAACUCUGAUUAGAUGUGCGGUAUAAACAGACUUUUUGCCAAACUUGUACAAGGGUUCAGAAUGGAUCCCAGGGCGAGGUAGCCUUACCGCAUAGAUGCUGCAGUAGAUAUUUUGUAAAGUAGUGAAAAAAUACUGUGAUAGCUCAUCCUCAGUGUUCUUCUUUUUUUUUAAGCUGGCGUGUAAGGGGAGGAGAGGAACAGACUGAUGACUCAUCCUGAAUCUUAAUGUAGACAUUCGUUGCCCAGUAUUUAAUUGUUCGUCAUCCUUGCAUGGACCGUGGAGCAUACAGUGUUGUUGGCUGUGUUAUAUAUAUACAGUUACGCACCCCCAUCAACUGAAAUAUCCUCUAUAAUCAGUAUUUUUCUUCUUUAAAUACCAGAACCUCUUAGUAGCUCUAUCUCUGUUAUCUGAAUUGUUUUGUUCUCCCUGUAUCCUACCUCACUGUGGUUAAAACCAUCUCGCAUCCUGGCCUUGCAAAAUCCCUCCACUUCUGAGAUUGUGGGAGAUGUAAUUAUCCUUUGGAAAGGGUGAAUGCUGUUUUUGCCUAUUCUAUAAAGGCUUUUUUUAAUACUGAAUAUUAUCUGUGGUUUGGCCUGCUGCCUUUGUAAAUGAAUUUCCAAGUGUCCAUUGCUGUUUGAAAACUUUUCAAGUAAAUCCUGUAUUUUUCAAGAGAUAUAUUUAAGGAGAAAUUGAAUGUAUAUAUUUAAUCUGAUGUUUCAUAAAAUGUUUCAGAGGACUAUGUACUGCACACUCAAAUAUGGAACUAAACUAUUUUCUCCUGUGGAAUUGUAAUGGAUGUUCAUAAUUUGUGCUCAACAAAACAUUGAUCAUGUUAUCUGUUUAUUUCUCUGAAAUACCAAAUCUAUUUUCCUUAA